CUGCGGUGAAGGCUGUGUCUGUGACGAUGGAUUCCUGCUCAGUGAUGACCAGUGUGUAGCCGUGGCAGAAUGUGGCUGCCAGUACAACGAGCAGUACUACCGCAGUGAACAGGUGUUUUAUGGUGCGGACUGCGGGAGCAGGUGUGUCUGUCUUGAAGGACAGGUGAAGUGUGAUGACUCUUUCACCUGCUCAGCCAAUGAGAAGUGUGCUCUGGAGUCGGGCGUGUUCUCCUGUGUUCCCAAAACAACCGGCUCUUGCUCGGUGUUCGGUUCUUGCUCAGUGAGGACACUGGACGGAAAGUCUUACCCUCUUUGGGGAGAAUGUGGCUUCCUUCUAUCGGAGGUGGAAGAAAAGGCAGGAGUGAUUUCGGGCUUCUCUCUGUCAAUACAACAGAGCACCACUAAAGGAGGUCAAGUCUACCGCAGUGUGACGUUGAAGGCAUACACUUAUGAGAUCACCAUGAGGCCGGGGGUUGUCUGGGAAGUCCUGAUUGAGGACAUCAGAACCAACCUCCCUCUGUCAUUGGACGACGGCAAGAUUGAGGUGCAUCAGGGUGGCAGUAGCAUCGUCAUAAAGACUGACUUUGGCCUCCAUCUGACCUACGACACUCUAGCAGGCGUCGUGCUGACGCUCCCGUCCACCUACGGCGGCGUGCUGCGCGGCCUGUGCGGCGACUUUAACGGCGAUCCAUCCGAUGACUUCGCGUUGGCCGGACAAACCGGAGAGCCGUCCGUGGGGGACUUCAUCGCAGCGUGGACCAGCAAAGACGUGCCCUGCGAGCCGGGAUGCAAAGGGCCGACCUGCACCGAAACGGGAGGAUCAGAGAACCCCAAAACCAAACACUGCGACAUUAUUAAAUCACCGAAGGGCCCCCUCGCAGGGUGCCAUGCGGCAGUUCCACCUCUCCCCUACUUUGAGGCUUGUGUCAGUGAGAUCAGCCACGGGGGCGGGCAGGACGUGGUGUGUCGGCACAUCCAGGACUACGUUUCCAUCUGUCAGUCAUCGGGGGCCACUGUUGCCGCGUGGAGAGUGGAUGGCUUCUGUGUCGCUUCCUGUCCCAGCGGGACUCACUACGAGCUGUGCCCGGACACCUGCACCGCCACGUGUGCCCACCUGGCGGCGCCGGGACCCUGCCCCCGCUGCCACGAGGGCUGCCAGUGUGACGGGGACCUGGUGUUCGACGGGGGCCGCUGUGUGCCCGCCGAGCGCUGUGGGUGCUCCGUGGAGGGCCAGUACUACAAGUCAGGUGAAUCAGUCCUGCAAGAGGACUGCUCAGAGAGAUGCGAGUGUGGCGCCGGUAUCUUUAACUGCAGCGCUACCAGCUGUCAGAACGAGGACAAAUGUGACGUCCAGGAUGGAAACCUGGGUUGUAACCCGAUCGACCCCUGUGCCGGGGCCAGCUGCAGGGUGAAGGAGCACUGUGAGGUGGAGGAGGGCCAGGGGGUAUGUGUCCCUGACUCUAAGGUGGUGUGCUGGGUCCACGGAGACCCCCACUACAGGACCUUCGACGGCUGGACCUACGGUUUCCAGGGAACCUGCAGCUAUGUCCUCGUCAACACCACAGGUAAAGACCCGGACCUCCCGGAGGUGCUGGUUCUGAGUAAGAACGAGCUGAGGGGGAACUUCCCGGGCUCCUUCCUCCGCUCUAUCACCGUGGUGCUGCUAGGCCACACCAUCGAGAUGUCCAGUGGCCUCAGAGGAACUGUACUGGUGGUUGACGGUAUUAAAGCCGAUUUGCCGGUUGACCUGGCAGGAGGCGUCUCCAUCGCCGAGUCUGGGAUCAGAGCAGUCAUCAAAACCGAACUAGGUAUAGAGAUCACUUUCGAUUGGUCUACGGUCGCUACGGUGUCCCUCAGUAGCAGUUACUACGGGAACGUCGACGGACUCUGCGGCAACUACAACGGCAACAAAGAGGACGAACUAAAUACAACCGCAGGAACUCCGUACGCAAACGUGACGGACUGGGCUGUUUCGUGGAGUGUGACGGACGGGGACCCCUUCUGCUACCACCACUGUGAGGGCACGUGUCCACAGUGCUCCCCCGAGGACCAGAAGCGGUAUGCUGGCCAUGAGUUUUGCGGCAUUGCAGAGGAUAAGAAGGGGCCUUUUGCGAGCUGCCAUCCUAGUGUGGACAUCAUACAGUUUAUGUACGACUGCUUGUAUGAUGUUUGUGUGAACGAGGGGAGACAGGAGGUUCUCUGUGAGGCACUGUCUAGCUAUAACGCUGAAUGCCAGAAGGCUGGAGUCACCGUCUCACCAUGGAGAGAAUUAGCAAACUGUGCCCUGGCCUGUCCCGUGAACAGCCAUUACAAACAGUGUGGGCCAGCGUGUCCAGAGACCUGCAGUCCUGCUCCUGACCUGUGCUCCACAGUCUGCUCAGAAGGAUGCUUCUGCGACCCUGGCUUUGUGCUCAGUGGAGAGAAGUGUGUGGACAAGGCAACCAGCUGCGGCUGCAAUCACGAAGGCCGCUACCAUUUGCCCGGUGAGUCGUUCUGGGCGGACUCGGAGUGCAACAGCAGAUGCGUGUGUGACGGAGCGACGCAGCAGGCGCAGUGUCACCCGAGGGGCUGCAAGGCCGACGAGCACUGCGCCGUGAGGGACGGGGUCCAGGACUGCUUCCCCCUGAGCUUCAAGACCUGCUCGGCCCAGGGAGACCCACACUUCCGCACCUUCGACGGCCGCAAGUUUGAUUUCCAGGGCAACUGUGUCUACCAGUUUGCCAGCGUGUGUAAAAACACAACGGGGCUGGAGAAGUUUGAGGUUAGCCUAGAAAACAAUAAUCGUGGACACAAAAGAGUUUCCUAUGCAAAAACAGUGACGGUUAAGGUCUACGGCAACACGUACAUCAUUUCUAAAGACUACCAAGGACAAGUCCAGGUGGAUGGGGAGGCAGUCUACCUUCCAUUCUCCUCAAACAAAUCACUGGUCAUGGUUCAUAGAAGAAACAGGCGGGCCGUCCUGGAAACCAGUUUCCUGAAGGUCUCUUAUGAUUGGCGUAGUGCCGUGAAGGUGAUGGUAGCGACCACUUAUCACAACGCGUUAUGUGGUCUAUGUGGAAACUUCAACAAUGAUCCGAAAGAUGACCUCAUGCUGGCCAGUGGGAAAGCUGCUUCCAAUGCAAAGGAGUUUGGAAUCAGCCAAUGGCUUGCCAGCGUGCCAGGCUGUUCUCAUGAGUGUAAGGACUGUGCACCAGAGCUGAGCCCUGGCAGUGUGCCCCCUGCCUACAAGGCGACCUGUGAGGUGAUCAGGAAGCGGGACGGGCCCCUGAGGGACUGUGCGCGGCUCCUGGACGCGGAGCAGUACUACGGGGACUGUGUGUUCGACAUGACGCUGACCAACGGGAAGGCCGACGCCGCCUGCGACAUCAUCAGCGACUACGUGGACGACUGCCAGCAGCAGGGGGGCACCGUGGAGGACUGGAGGAGCAAGAACUUCUGCUGGAUGCAGUGUCCAGCCAACAGUGUGUACAGCCUGGCAGCCCCAGGAUGUCCGGCCACCUGUGGGUCUUUGUCCCCCUCCUCUAAAUGUCGAGACCCCUCCGCCGAGGGCUGCGUCUGCCAACAAGGCUUCGUGCUCAGUCAGGAUCGCUGCGUACGACCGGACCAGUGUGGCUGCCAGUUUGGGGGCCGCUACCUCCCAGCCGGGUCACAGGUGAUCACAGACGGCUGCAAGCGCGUCUGUAAGUGCGAGCGUGGGGUGGUCAAGUGCGUGAACGCCAAGUGUCAGAAGGGAGCCAGUUGUCGGCUGAGGCAAGCGGCGUGGGGAUGUUACAAAUUCCAGAAACCAGGCGGACUCAUUGAGUUCAUUCACAACGUAUUCCAUGGCUAGUAUAUGUUUGGUUACUAUGACAGAAAAGUGAGAUUGUUGACUGAUAUUUUCCAUCUGGUUCAUAUAUUACAUUUCAUGCCUUCCUGAUAUCCAUAUGGAAUUUACUUGCAUGAAUAAUAAAACACUGUUGCACU